CUUCUGCAGCCGGCGGGUUGGUGCGCGGCGCGGCGUGGAGGCAGCGAGCAGGAUCAACAUGGCUGAGAGCACAGACAUGGCGGAGCUGGAGGACAGCUUCCGGAAGUUUGCAGUCUAUGGUGAUACCAAAGCGACGGGGCAAGAGAUGAACGGGAAGAACUGGGCCAAGCUGUGCAAGGACUGCAAAGUGAUAGAUGGAAAAGGGGUCACCAGCACAGACGUGGACAUCGUCUUCAGCAAAGUGAAAGGGAAGACGGCCCGGUGCAUAAACGUGGAGGAGUUUAAGAAGGCCAUGGAGGAGCUGGCCCCAAAGAGGUUUAAGGAUAAGAGCAAGGAGGAAGCAUUUGAUGCCAUCUGCCAGCUGGUGGCUGGCAAAGAACCAGUCAACGUGGGCGUCACUAAAGCCAAGUCUGUGGGCGCCGUGGAGAGGCUCACCGACACGUCCAAGUACACAGGCUCCCACAAGGAACGCUUCGACGAAACCGGCAAGGGCAAAGGCAAGAGCGGCCGGGAGAACCUCGUGGACAACAGCGGUUACGUGGCAGCCUACAAGCACGCAGGCACUUACGACGCCAAAGUGAAGAAAUAGGAGCGGCUGCCCCUCAGGGCCGCUCUUCCCAGACCCUGAUGACGUGACCCCCUCAACGGGGUUCAGC